AUGGAGGCCGAUUCUCCGACAUUCAUUAGGUCCCCUUCAGGGUUUGAAGAAACCUACUGGUCAAAGUUUAGCCCCGUAUCAACAAAGUCGAAAAGACAAUUUCAAUCAAUCGAAUUCGACAAUGAAGAAUACGAUUCAGAGCGUGAAGCUAUUGUCUACAUUUCCGAUCUACCUGCAGACAUCGACGAUGAACUUCAAUUACAUCAUUUAAUUCGAAAUCGUCUACAGAAAACUUUUCAAAUUACACCGACAAGUAUCCAAUGUUAUUCAAAAUUAGGUUUUGGUUUUAUGCAUGUUCGUAACAAUAAAAUAAAAGAUCGUCUAGUUAACGAUAUUAAAAGACUGGUAUUAGACCGAUCAGGAAAUCCAUCAUUAAUUUCAUUCAAUGAUACAUUUGAAUUUACUUCAUAUAUUGUUAUUGAUAAAACAAAUGAAAACAAAGAUGUAGAUUUCCCAAAAUCUGAUGAAAUUCUUAAACGAUGGGUUAAAAUUUAUAAUGAAGAGAAAUCAUGUUCGUGUGAACAAAUAAGUAUUCAAUUUCCUAAUAUUUAUCGAAUUAUUUUGACUUCAUUCAAUAAUUUACUCGUUGUUAUGUCAAAUCCCGAUUUUUUAAUUAAUAAUCUAUUUGCACAUGUUUAUCUUGGUGCAAAUUGUAGUUAUUUAGAAGAUUUACCAAAAUCAACAACGAAAGAACAAUUAAAAGAAGCUAUAAGCGAUUCAAUUCGAAUAAAAAAUCUUUCUCCAUUAUCACUUCAUAUUGAAUUAAAUAAACAGACAAACAAUGCAUGUAUCAUAGCUACUGAUCAAGCUCGACUCUUGGCAACAAAAAGUUUUAUUUAUCUUGGCGACAAACCUAUAUCAAAAAAAGAAACACUUACUUGUCGUCUACUUCUCCAUCCAAUAUCUGAAAUUUUUACUAAUGAGGAAAUUUUACAAGAAACAAUAUUUGACGGAAAAGCAACAAUUAUUGAACGACGUGGAGAAAAUCUUGUCCUUGAAAUAUCAGACAAGAAAAUAUUUGAUAAUUGCUUGACCGUCGGUGUUCUUAGUAUUAAACAUAAGCCAAGAUUGAUAAUGGAAAUUUUUCUAAACUUUAACCAUCCAGAAGAUCGUGAAAUUGAUGCUGAGACAUGGUAUCAAAGUGAAAUGAUUCGUUAUAAACCUGAUAUAAUGCAAUUUGUUGCUAAUCUUGAUCAUCCAAUAUUUCAUUACAAAUGGAAUUCGGAAAUUUGGCUUGAACAAUUUCAAAAUACAAAACCUUCAAAUCUAAUGAUAAAUACAAAUUUAAAGAAUCAUUCAAAUAUAUCAUCUGAUCAAAUUCGUCAUUUACUACGAAUGACUGUUAUGUUAAAUACAAUUUCAAUUAUUCGAAAGAAAAAAUAUUUAUUAAAUAAUCAAGAAAUUUCAUUGAAUUUAGAUUCAAAAUUAAAAACAAUUGUUUAUAAUCAUGAAUCUUUAUUAGAAUAUGGUCGAUCAAUAGAAUUAAUAAAAAUUCCUUAUAGAGAAACAAAAGUAAAAGUAAUAAAUGAAGAUUGUGUUAUUGUUUAUGAAGAAUGUUGUAAAAUGUAUAAAAAACCACUUUUAUUAAAUAUGUCAAGUGCAACAAGUCCAGGUGGUGGAUAUAGAAAAGGUGAUGGAGCACAAGAAGAAAAUCUUUUUCGACGAUCAGAUUAUUUUCGAAGUCUUGAUAUUGAUCUUGAUCAUAUUUAUGAAGAAAUAGCUGAAAGAUAUUAUUGUUCAUCUGAUAGUGAAAUUUGUUUACUUCCUGAUUCUAUAACAAUGUAUCCAAUAGAAGAAUUUGGAGCUAUUUAUACAUCAGGUUUAACUUUUUUUCGAAAAUCAGAAGAUAAAGGUUAUUCAUAUAUGGAAAAACCAUUAGAAGGUGUUUAUUCAUUAGCUAUGGCUGCAUAUCGUAAUCCAAAAUUAGAUGGAAAUAUAUUAUCACCAAAAUAUUCUGUUGGAAUGAGAAAAAAAAUUGAAAAUUUAUUUUCAAUUGCAUAUAAUCAUAAACAUGAUUGUCUUAUAUUAUCAGCAUUUGGUUGUGGUGCAUUUAAAAAUCCACCAGAUCAUAUUGCAAAAUUAUUUCGUUCAGUUAUUGAACAAUAUGCUGGAUUUUUUCAAAUUAUUAUUUUUGCUAUUAUUAAUGAUCAUAAUACUGGACAACAACAUAAUCCACAAGGAAAUUUUAAAUCAUUUAAAGAUGAAUUAGAUGGAUUUUGUUUUCAACCUAUUUUACCAUUUAAUAAACCAAAUACAAUAUCUGGUCCUUAUCGAAUUUCAUUUGAUGGUUUAAAUAUAAAUGAUAUUUCCAUUUAUGAUUUACAACCUUGUCCUUUUGCUGCUAAAUGUAAUGAAUUAUAUGAUUUAAAACAUUCUCAAAAAUAUUCUCAUCCAACUUUAUGUAAAAAAAGAUAUUCAUCAGGUAAUUGUACAGAAAUCAAUGAUUUUAUUCAUAUAUCUUCAUUUAUUCAUCGAAAUCCAUGUAAAUAUGGUGUUCAAUGUAAAGAUAUUGAUAAUGAUAAACAUUUUCAAGAAUAUGAACAUCCUUCUUAUUGUCCUAAUGGAAGUUAUUGUCAAGAUACAACUGAUAAUCAUGAAAAAGCAUAUCGACAUUUACCUUUGUGUCCAUUUUUUCAAAAAUGUUUAGAAUAUCAAAAACAUAUCAGAACCCAUUGCGAAAAAUUUCGUCAUUGUCAUCCUUCUUGUGGAUUUGGAAAUCGUUGUAUUAAUUUUCAUGAUAGACAACAUAUGGAAAUGUACAAACAUCCGUUUCCAACUGCAUGUUUACUAACACCAUAUCACUGUUUAUUAUAUGAACAAUUUACCAUGACAAAUAAUAUAGAAAAUAUUUCGGAUGAAGUCGAUCAACAUUGUCUGAAUUUUGCUCAUGUAUGUCAGUUUGGUCAGUACUGUAACGAUACAGAUACUUUACAUUUGGAAAAAUCGAUUCAUGUACCUCGUCCACUUUGUCCUUUUGCUAAUCGAUGUAAAAAACUUGUUCAAGAAGAUCAUUUGAAUUCAUUUACACAUCCGAAUAUUCGUGAUAUUCGUUUUCUAUGCAAAUAUGCUGAUAAAUGUUAUGAUCGUCGAAAUCCAAAACAUUUAACUAAAUUUCGACAUACAAUUACAUUUGAAGAUAGUGGUGUUGUUCGUUAUUAUAAUUUAAAUAAAAAUAUUGAUUUUGUUCAAAAUCAAAAAGAUAACAUUGAACGAGUUAUGCGCUAUAUAAAAAAAGAAAAAUGGGAAACAUUAAAAAAUGAAUCAAUUCCACAAAAUAUCAUUAAUUGGAUACGUACUGUUCAACCUGUUCAUCGAUGUAAACCAGAAAUAUUCGAAUCAAUAAUUCNAUACUAA